GUUUCAGUUCGUAUGUUAUUUCAAUCAAUCGAUUGGAACAAAUUCUCCUGGAUUUUUGUCUUUGAAGUGUACGUAGAAAUGUAACAAAAACAUGUUCUUGAGAAAAUCUAGUUCAAGUCAUAUUUCGACUACUUUUUUACUAUUUACUAUGGGAGAAGUUAUUGGCAAAGAAAUGUAUAGCCGUUUGGAAUUAAGACUUGAUAGCAACACAGAGGCAUUAGAAGACAACAAUAUCAAGUUGAACAAGAAUACCAAAAGCAUAAACCGUAAUGCUAAAAUACUGGAAGAUAUUCUAAAAUUCCUUAAAGAUUCAAACCUGUCUUCUAUAAAACAAGAAAAAACACUUCUGGAAGUGGCCCAAGGCAAACGAACAUACCAAAGUUCAACACAUGACUCUAUGUAUGCUUCUAAAUUUGCUGUCGACGGACGUUUGAAUACAAUUCAGCACACAAAGAAGCAACAUUUUCCGUACUGGGUAGUAGAUAUUGGCACCAUAUAUAACAUAGAACGAAUCGAAAUUUACAAUGAACCAGACUGUUGUGGAGAACGUCUUCGUGAUUUAGAUAUCUUAAUUGGACCGUACCAUAAUGCUAUGAAAUUAUGUGCACACUAUGCAGGGCCAAGUCAUACAGGAGAUCAUCUUGUGUUUAAAUGUGGUGGAAUCUUACCAGGGAGAUAUGUUAAACUUAUGAUGAGGAGAACAGAAUAUCUCCAUGUAGCUGAAGUGAAAGUGUUUGCUAGGAUAGAAUGAAUUGUUGUUUUCUUAAUAUCAUUGUUAUCAUAUUAUUCUGAUAAGAGUUUAUAUACGCACUAGAGUAAUACAUGUAAGAAAAUAAUAAAAAGGCAUAUCGUCUUCAAAUUUAAAAUUUA